AUGGGGCCGAGCCCGAGGUUGGGGCUCGCCCGCCCAGUCCUGGCCUGGGGAACCGCCGAGGUGGCGGAGUGGGUGUCGGGGCUCGGCUUCCCUCAGUACCAGGAGUGCUUCAGAGCCAAUGGCAUCACUGGCCGCCGCCUCAUCCUGGUGAACUGCUCCAACCUGCCAGCCCUGGGCAUCACAGACUUCGGACACAUGCAGGAGAUUUCACGACAUGUGCGGGAGUUGCUGGGGAUUGAGGAGCCUGUCUUCAGCAGAUCCAUUGCCCUCCCAUACAGAGACAACAUGGGUCUGUUCCUGGAACAAAAGUCUCGAUCUGGACAGAAAGCAGAUGCCCUCACUUUCUCACAGUUUGUCCAGGAAGCAGGCUUAGAGCCCCGUUCUACAUUUCCUCCUUUGCCACAGGGGCAGACUGGGGUAGAAAUAGAUGCUCUCCUUUUAUCACAGAGCACACAGACUCAGGGUUAGAGUCACACUGCAGUUCCAUCUGUGUAAGAAGCCCACCUGGGAGAGCAGUAUACACCCGUAUUAGCUUGCUAUUUGUCCAGGGUGGUAUAGUUUCACAUUUUUCACGUUAUAUAAAAGGCUCUUGGCAUUUUGAUGACAGCAAACACGUCCCUGCAUUGGCUCUUUUCUGUAAGAAUUUUUUGCAAUUCAUGUGCUUCCAGGAACCAAAUGAAGCAAAACAUAUAAAUCAGAUGUGACUUUACCACUGACGGUCUGUCUUUCAUUUCUGCUUCACAGUUGAUUAAGAAGACAAAAAAUCAAUCCUAGACACAUUUUAAUUUCCAGUGAUUGGCAAUAAUUUCCCUGCUGCUCAAGUGAGUAAGUUUCUCCCAGGUGUUAGUGUCUGCAGACCGGGAACACUGCUAACCACAAACUUAAGACAAAUGGCACACACAGUGUCUGGUGCACAUUUGUGUUGCCUGCUGCUAUCAGCAGUCUGGAGGUGCCAAGUUACAAUGUAAACAACCAGUCCCUGCCCUGAUCACAGAACUGAUUUUGUGCGAAACAGAACCAAGAAGUGGUUUAUCACAACAAACAGUACGGCAACACAAGGCAGGAAGUGUGAAAGAAUACUAUAAGCUAAAGUUGGGUCCUGAGUGGAUUUGGACAAAAUACAUAGUUAGUUAAAUUUUCUUUUUCCCUGAGCGAGGUAUCACAGAACCUGUAAGAGCCAUGGGACUUGAAUUGUACAACCUCGCUGGAACACAAACUGUCACCAGCAAGGAAUUGUGAGUUAAGUGUUGGUUAAAGCCUGGUUCAACUGAAAGAGUGCUCCUGACUAAAUCUUCAUGAUUUUGUUUGGUGACAGACUUCCCUGAGAUCCUACAUGGGAAAGAAAAAUGGGCCCCAGGUCUGUUCAGUUCUUUGGGUUAGAGCUGUACCACCACAAGUGAACUGUAAUUCAGUUUUCUGUUGGAACUGCAAUAGGAACCUGGUGAAGCUGAGUCAGAUCACAGGCCAAGAUGUCUGUGUGACCAAAGACCAAAACCAGGCAAGAUUCCAGCAGGUUUAGAAAGAAACUGGUUUAUGAAGAAAGUUUCAAAAGGGGCAUGAAACUUGUAAAAGCAAGUAUGCACAUUCUUGUCUCAAAAUGUGAAAAAUCAAGAGAUCUCCAUGCUGAUACAUUAGAAAGGGGACUGCUUUUAUGUUUGGCAAGACUGCGGAUGGAUGCAAAAUGGAGAUCCUCAAAGGUGGAAACAGAGUGGAAAG